AGUUUUGGCUUGUAGGAAUUGAAUAUUAAGGCAGUCCCAUGUGUGGUUGAGCGCCAUGGGUUGGAUUAGAACGACUGGCUUACCAGAAAGAGUGGUUAUCAAUCACGCCAUUUUAGUGCCUUACUCGCAAUUCUUAUCCAGUUGCACAAUUCGUAUCAACAAUCGUUGUGCACAUCUCACAAUUCUUACAAUAUGCCUUCAGUCAGCACAGACGCUGCAUUGGACUUCCAUAUUAUUGGAGGCCAUGAAGAGUCCCGCACUCGGUUGGGCCAGCCGUUAGUGUAUUCCGGUACUCUGGAUAGCUUCAAGCAGAAUGACAUUACCCCUGUAAUUGGUCGCGAGUACACCGGGCUGCAGAUUCGAGACCUCCUUGCGUGGAAUGACCAGUACAUCAAAGACCUUGCUGCUACAAUCUCUCAACGAGGUGUUGUGUUUCUGCGUGAUCAAGAUGUUACUCCCGUCGAAAUGAAAGACUUCAUGAUCCGAUUGUCAACUUUGUCGGGGUGUCCAGAAUCUUCAGGUCUUCACGUUCAUCCCUUGACCGAGGAGGGCAGCGAGCUUGGAGAUCAAAUCUCUGUUAUUUCAAGUGAGAAGCAGAAGAAGGGUGGCGGUCUCACCCAUCAACUGAGCGAUGUCAGUCGAUUCGCAAGCACGGGUUGGCACAGCGAUAUCACCUUUGAGAAAGUCCCGUCCGAUUAUGCCAUGCUCAAGAUUCACACACUUCCCAAAACUGGUGGUGAUACUCUCUGGGCAUCAGGAUACGAAAUCUACGACCGCCUCUCCGAACCGAUGAAGAAGUUCUUGGAAGGUCUCACGGCAACUCACGAUGCCAACUUCUUCCACGAUGAAGCUGCAAGACUUGGCAACCCUCUGAGAAAGGGUGUUCGUGGCUCACCAUUGAACCAAGGCAGCGACUUGAAAACCACACACCCCAUCAUUCGAACCAAUCCAGUGAGCGGAUGGAAGAGCGUUUUCAUUAAUAAGGGGUUUACGAAGCGAAUUAAUGGUGUUACUAAGGAUGAGUCGGACGUUCUGCUUGCCUAUCUCUUCAACCUCGUCACUCAAAAUCACGAUGCGCAGGUGCGUUUCAAGUGGAACAAGAAUGACCUGGCCAUAUGGGACAACAGGUCGACGUUCCACUGUGCUACGUACGACUAUGAUGCAGCCAGAGCUGGUGACCGAGUUUGCAGCCUGGGAGAAGCCCCGUACCUUGAUCUAGAAAGCAAGAGCCGGAAGGCUGCACUUGAUGUUUGAUUAUGUAAAUUUGAUACCGAUAUUUGGGCAUGUACACAACUGCUCCAGAGUCCAUAUACUGAAUUGGUGCACUCGUCGCCUUUGAACGGCCUCCAUUUUACAAAGUCCGAUUCACAAAUCGUCGAGAGCCGAGGCUUAGGAGAUGACGCCAUUGGAACUAAGCAACACUAACGCAUACCGUGUUUAGUGGAGAACGCGAUCUCAAGAUCUGACAGGACAGUCGGUCGGGGCACUCGCUUCAGCACGCUACAAUUAAGAUCCACUGCUGCUUUUUCUCCAAUUAUUGAUGGGGUGCAGACCGUAACAUUUUAAUACCUAAC